AUGGAAGUUCUGCGCUUCACUGACUCCACUAUAGUGCAAAGAGUCCAUGACUAUAUGAUCAAAUUGCUGAAGGCAGAUAUUUGGAGCCGAAUGAAUGAUGUCAGCAUUGACGGAGACGAACCUGCGCCAAGACUGGCGGGCUUCGAAUUCGAAGCGCCAGCAGAGCGCGACUGCCUGGGCUCCCUAAGAGCGCCCAUUGCCAUCAUGGCGACCGAAGAGUUUGCAGCAGAUGAAAACUUGAUCCAAUCGCUCGAGCACAAGCUGGGCAGUUCGUUGCUUACCGGCCGUCCUGCUUUGCAGCGGAAGGAUUGGAGUACAGUCUUUGAUGUGUCUCCCAGCUGCUGGGAAGAGCUGCAGGAUCAGGUUUAUCGCUUGGUAGAGCUUGCCUUGUUCCAUGCAGGGCGUGACCCAUAUUUCCAGCUGAUGCGGGACGCACCUCCACAGCCAAGAAGCCGCCGGCGCAAGGUGAGGAAGCCUGUUGCCAAGAAAGGACAGGCUGCCGCUUCCAAUGCUUCCCCAGAGGAGAAGGCAAGUGAGAACACGGCUGCUGCAUCAACAAAUGAUGAUGCUACAACGAUGGCAGAGGACAACAGCAAACUGAGCGACAGAGAAGGCGAACCUGAAGUGGACGUGCAGUCUGAGGCUGUAAGUGAGGAGAUAAAUGGAGAGGAAACGAAUCUGGAUGUGUCAGAGGAUGCGACGCCCAUGGACGAAGCAGAAGGUGGAAGGCCCGGCAGGCAGCUUGACUUUCCGUGA